AUGGCUCCCAGUGUUCCCACGGUCCCCAUUGCGGUGGAUAAGGUGGAGGUGGGUAAGGCCAGUAUGGGUGCCAUGGGCUAUGUUGUGGCGGAGCCCUAUAAUGAUGGGAGCAAGCCUUCCCAGGUGACGGAUGUCGCAAGGAAUAGACCGUGCGGUGGUCAUCAUCAGGAAAGGGGGCGUCCUGAAGAGACAACGGUGAUAUCGACCUGGGAGGGGAUUGCCUUGAUGGAGACCUCCCAGGAGAGUAAGAACUGCUCUGAGCUUUUAAUGAUUACGUUCCCAGAACUCUGUGAAAUCCUGCUGGGAAUGGUGCCAGCAAACACACAGGUGAAUAAAACUGAGAGCAGCAUUAGCCUCUGUGGGUUAGAUGAGGAGAAAUCAAUAUUUGCUAACAGGGAAUUUGCCAAUGAAGGCCCCUACUCACAAUUGCCUAAAGCAGAACAGAAUAGUUUUCAUGCCUAUUCCCAAUUUGCUGUCUCUACUACAGGAAGCACCAUAGAAACAAAGAGAGACUUUGAGGGGAUUGAGAGCAAAUUCUCCUUAAGGACAGCUCACGAACCGGAUGAGGACAUCUGCUACUUGGUCCCUGGUCAGGACGACACCUUGGCACGAUGCAACUUCAACCAUACCAGCAAAACCUUUGUGGUGAUCCAUGGAUGGACGGUAACAGGGAUGUAUGAGAGCUGGGUCCCAAAGCUGGUGGAUGCUCUGUACAAGAGAGAACCUGAUUCUAACGUCAUAGUUGUAGACUGGCUAAGUCGUGCCCAGCAACAUUAUCCGGUCUCUGCUGCCUACACUAAACUGGUGGGAAAAGAUGUAGCAAGGUUUAUCGACUGGAUGGAGGAGCAAUUCAGUUACCCGCUUGACAACCUGCAUUUGCUGGGAUAUAGUCUUGGGGCCCAUGCUGCUGGGAUUGCGGGGAGUCUGACCAAAAAUAAGAUUAACAGGAUCACUGGUUUAGAUCCAGCUGGACCUAACUUUGAAUAUGCCGAAGCUACCACGCGCCUGUCCCCGGACGAUGCUGAUUUUGUGGAUGUCCUACACACCUACACCAGGGGGUCUCCAGAUCGCAGCAUUGGGAUACAAAAGCCUGUUGGGCAUAUUGACAUCUACCCAAAUGGAGGAGGUUUCCAGCCAGGCUGUAACCUAGGCGAAGCCCUGCGCCUGAUUGCAGAAAAAGGCCUCGGAGAUGUGGAUCAGCUGGUGAAAUGCUCUCACGAACGUUCUAUCCACCUCUUCAUCGACUCCCUCUUGUACAAAGACAAGACAAACGUGGCCUACCGGUGCAACGCAAAGGAAACCUUUGAGAAGGGGUUGUGUCUCAGCUGUCGGAAGAACCGCUGCAACAAUCUAGGCUAUACGGUCAACAAAGUGAGAGCCAAGAGAAACACCAAAAUGUAUCUGAAGACUCGCUCUCAAAUGCCCUACAAAGUCUUCCAUUACCAGGUCAAGAUUCACUUUUUUGGAAAGGCGAACGUGACCAAGACAAAUCAGCCAUUCCUGGUCUCUUUGUAUGGCACUGCCUCUGAGAGCAAGAACAUUGCUUUGGUACUACCUGAAAUUUCCACAAACAAAACCUCCUCUUUCCUGGUUUACACCGAGGUCAAUAUUGGAGACCUCCUCAUGCUGACGCUGCAGUGGGAGAAAGAAUCCAUUUUCAGCUGGUCGGACUGGUGGACCUCCUACACUUUCGACAUCCAGCGUGUCCGAGUGAAGGCAGGAGAAACUCAGAAAAAAAUGGUGUUCUGCUCUCGCGAUGGCAUCUCUUACCUCAGAAAAGGAAAGGAGGCGGCAGUGUUUGUGAAAUGCAUGGAGAAGCCCAAGAAAAGAGGCCCAGGAGACCUCGAGGAAAAAUCAUCCCAGGAAUAUUCUGAAGAAUGAAGUGGAUGAAAUAUUUCUACUUCGGACGGAAAAAUAAUCCCCAUUGUGUUGGGUGUUCAGAACUGAAUGUAUUGAAAUAUUUAGCAGCUGUAACCGUGCCGGGCCUUUAGCCUGCUAUUCUUAGGUAUUCUAGGAGACUCAGCGUCUCAGGACACACAAAGUGGUUACGUAACUAUAAAGAACGUAUUUACCAAAUAGCUUAAAUGCUUCUACAGAGAGUGUAACAGCUUGAUUACCUGGAAGAAUUAAGAGUUAUUUUGCCUCAAAAUAUCACCUUGUAACAAGGUUUCUUGAGAUAGUGUACUGUAUAGCAAAUUCCUAGUAUUUAUUGAAAAGUUUCACAUCUGGGCCUGUAUUUUGGCUUUUUUAAAACUUGAUUUGUGACGCUUUAAAAGAUUUUUUCCAAAACCGGACAGAUGUCUGUUUUUGUGGUUGGGUCACAUCCAUUUGUAAGGAGUUGAAAGACUUUUGCUGACCUUAGUGUUGGGUGGUCUAAUACAUAUUUAGCACAUGUGUAAUUGUCAUUCAAGAAAGCACACACCUGCCCUUGCUAAGGCUGGUACUCAAAAGAUGCUCAAAGAUGCCCAGGACUGAAUAUGAAUAUGGAAAGAGAAAAUGCUAGAUAAUAAUGCAUUGGAGUUUACCUCAAGUACAACAGGCUGCGUAACAACUUAGCCUAAGGUAUGAGCUAUUAAUCUGUACUCUGUUAAAUAGCUGAUAGAUGUUUCCAGUCAGGGGCAAUGUUCCCUCUAAUUUUUUUCCAUCCGUAUGCAGAAUAAAUUUUGUUAUGUGCACCGAGCCAUGUGUGGAUAUGCACCACCCGUAGAAACAAAUGCUAUCGGCUGUAAGUGCUCUGCUAAUCAACUGGGGGGUGGCAUUUGAAUCUCUCCUGGGUGGCCACCCAAGUGCUCAGCUUACUGGCAACACUGGUCAUUGCAGAAUGAAAAUGCUAGCAUUGCCUCAGAUGAUAUUUUAACAUGAAUGGGUAGCCUCUUUUUCAAAUAAAGCCAUCUAAACCCUGAAGUUGCUCUGAGUCAGGGCCUGCAAAAGCAGCCACCCACUGGAAACUGCAAGCAGCUUAUUUUUGUCACCUGUUCACAACCGUACCCACCAAUGUGAAACAAGGUGACAACCAUGCUCAGAAACAGAGUUUGUCAUUCGAGCCUCCUGUGUGCCUGUGUUUUCCAGAGGUGAAAAUGGACAGGCUGUGAUCACCCUUCCCUUUGCUGAUGUUCUUGUCUCCAAAGACAAGAUUCUGUUGCUUCCUCGCCUGUGACAUAGGGGUAAAGCAGUGAGCUGCAAGAGGGUUGGAAAGGACACAAAUUGCAGUAAGGUUCAGUAUCUAGGCUAGGGGUUGUGAAGCUUCCUUGUCCCGCAAUCCCCUUCUGGCAACAAAAAUUACUAGACUUCCCCAGGAGGGCGACCGAAGUCUGAGCCUUCCCAGCAGGGGAAAGAGGGCGAACUCCAAACUCGAGCUCCACCAUCCGAGCAGGGGGGCUAAAAUCCAAGGGUUUCAGCCCCCCGGCAGGGGCCUGUAACCGGAUCCCUGCCGUCCAGGGCUGAAGUUCAAGCUAGAGUUAAGCUUUGCCUUGGGCGCCAGCAAAACUAACGCCAGCCCCGGCAACUCCAUUAAAUUGGCAUCGCCACCCACUUUGGGCUCCUGACCCACAGUUUGAGAGCCGCUGCGCUAGGCCAUGCAAGGAACCGGAGAGUAUUAUUCACAAAACGCAGUGCUUUGAGAUCACUUGAACUAGAAGGGCCAUAAGCACACACAAGCACAGUAAAACGGAAGGUUUUUUAAAAAUAUAAAUAAUGUGUAUGUAUUUUAGUGCCAUGAAAAGAUCAGUAGCUGCCUUUUAUUAAGCCAUAAAUCAAAAACUGGGGAGGAACUACUGAGCUACGAUAUGAUUAUACCUUCAUUUUUCAUAAUCCUUGUGCUUAUUACCAAACAUACGGUGAAGGUGGCAUUUGUGCUAAGCCAUGCAGAACAAAACGUGAUGCCUGCCAGUAGGUCCUGUUUCAAUCACCAUGCCAUUAGCAGAUCAGGUGAACAUAGAGCUAACCCUGUGCAAUAUGUUGCAAUGCCAACAACUCACAAGGUGCUAAAAUGUGAUGUCUCAACACAACCCAGUGUGGCUGAACGAGGAUCCGAGUGUUGCAGGGUCCUGGAGCAUGUGGCUCGUCCUCUGAAAGGAAUGAAAACAUAUUUCUGGUUGGCAUUGCUUUUCCUAAAAGACGAGCUCUUUGGAAAGAAGCCACAAGAGCACAUGCAUAUUUUAGUACAGGAUUUAAUAACACAUACUGCACUUGCAAUGCCCAGUGGUGAAGGUUUCAUGAGGCCGCAUGAUUGAGCUUGAAAUGUUAUUUAUGAGCUGUAAAUAUAUAUUUUUAUAUCUGUGUGUAAAGCUAAUUUGUAUAUAUUGCAGAAAUUACCAAGAUUCUUUCCACUUAUCCAGUUGUGCGCUAUCAGUCCUAGAGAUCUGGCUUUCAAGGAGUUACUUCACCAUGCCUAUAAAAUAAUAGUGUAAUAUGCAUUUUCUAAGGAAUUUUGUACUGAAUGGAAGCCCGAGGUUUCAAUAAAGUUGUUAAAUUAA